AUGGCAACUGUGGAUGAAUGCUUCCUUCAAUGCUAUGAAAAUUGUUUCUGUAUGGCAUUUCAAAUGUGUCCAAAUGCACAAUGUAAACUGUUGUCAUCCAAUCAAUUCCAAUUUCCAUCAGCAUUGGUUACAACGGAAGGAUGUUCUUAUUACGACAUUCUUCCUGAUCUUCAACAGGUAAUUAAGCACGGUUGAUGGCACAAGAAUUAGGAUUAGGGUAAUAAUGGCAUAGAUAUACAGGGUGUUCCAAAAAUCCCUAAAACUAUUGAAAUAAAGGUAUUGUUAUAAUUUGGCAAUAGUGCCCUAGCACUAAGGGACCGGUCAUAAAGUACGGGGUGUGCUGGAAAAAACACUGGGGUGGGUCAUCGAAUUUUGACCAUCUAAAAGGGGGUGGGUCAUUGAAAAUUUAACAACAGUUUCGGGGUGGGUCAUAGUAAAAUGCGCUUGAUUUAUGUAAUGUUUAAUAAACGAGUAGGAGUGUUUUAUCACAUAUAAAACACGACGCGUAGCGGAGUGUUUUAUAUGUGAUAAAACACGAACUACGAGUUUAUUAAACAGCUUCAAAAACGUCUCAGUUAGAUCACGGCAUUGGCGAAAUAAUAAGCGUGUUUUAUCACAUAUAAAGACACGCCACGCUUAUGAUUUCUCUUUGUGUUUUCCUCAUGAAUUCAAUUAAUGAGUUUUUGAAAUAGGUUUCAAAAUGUAGAGAACAUUAUUAAAUAUUAUCUUUUAUUUUUACAAAACAUGGCUGGAAAAAUGUCAAUGAAGAAAUACAAUAUGUAUUGAAUAUUGACUUAUUAAGAAAUUAAAAUAUCUUUGUUAAGCGCACGAUUUUCUGCUCUUGGGAAUUUAAAGCAGCUUCUUAAUAAACAGAUUAAUUCUAAAUGCAUAUAAUUUACUUAUGCCAAGCUUUUAUGCAGUUGUGGGUUCAGCAGAAUGCUGAGACAUUUAAAUUCUAACACUACGUUAUUUCAAUAGUUUUGUUUUUUUGGGACCCUGUACAGGGUGUCCCCCCAAAACGUUCCCCUAUAGAAAUCACUCUUUUGUUGUCGAACGUGCGCUGUUAUACCUGUGGGAAUUUAAAAUAGCUUCUAAAACUUCAUUGAGAUUCUCGGGAAAACAAAACUAACUAUUUCCCUCGGGUGCAGACAUUAAGUGUAUAAUAUAAGUGUGAUAUAACAGACGAUUUGAUUGGCUAAUGCGCGUGCAUUGUGACGCAAUAAUGCACUGUGAUCUGUGGCUGCUUUCAGCCUUUCAGCACAGAGUAGAUAAGACAUACAGAGACGUAACUGACCGUUGUAAACACUGCGGAAGAUUACGUUAUCAUGUACCCACUUUUUUUCAGGCGACCGGGCGAAAAAUGAUCAACUGCGCGUGCUCAGUAAGUUUAAAGUGAGUCGUCAUCAGGUCGUCAUCCAAUCAGAUGCAUGCAUCUAGUAACUUGCCGAGCAUGCGCACAAAAAAAGUGGGUACACUAGUUACGUCUCUGUAUGUCUCUACUCUGUGCUUUAAGUGCUUUGCUCUUUCUCUGUUUUUCCCCUCUUCAUCACUGCUUUUUAGUCACAAAUAUACACAAAUUUAUAGAGCUUUUAAAAUACAAAAUUUACCAGAUAGCAACAAGGAAUAAACCAAACGAACAAAGCAAUUUUCUAUAGUUCUACGUAUAAAAUUAACCGGCUUGGUAUUCGUCGAAUUUGUUGCUGCCUCGACAAGUUUUGGGUAAAAAGCGUACAAAGUAGUCGAGAAAAAAACUUGAAAAAGAUACAGCUGGAAGACCAAAUACAUACAAAAAGACAAGUGAUUUAGAAAGUACCUUCAAUUCUUCUGAUAAUAACUGCUAGAUAUAUUUUCGGUGAAACACAAAAAAAUACAAUAUAAAUUUCGAAAAUUAAAACUGAGUACUAGUAAUAAACACGACGAAACCUACGAUUUACCGUCUUUCAUGGCAAAUCCAGCAGCCUAGAUGCUGAAAAACUUUGGCAAAUUAGUUUGUGUGUCAUUGCUUUUUUAUUUACACAAUUUUAAACAAUUUUCCCGGCUUGAUAGCAUCAAAAGUUUGUAUAUUGUUUUGACAAUUUUUCUCCUUCGCUCGCUUAAAAAUUCAAGCGAGUAAGCGACAGUAAAAGGCUAAAAGCACACUCACUUGUCAAAAUACAUACACGCUUCUCUCGUAUUCUCCCAACAUUCCCCGCGUGCAUUAUCACACCAUAAACGCACGCGACUCGUUUUCUAUUUCUUAAAUAACGCACAAGAGUGAUUUCUAAAAGGGGACUUUUUUAGACACAGGAUGUCUCAAAAAAAGUAUACCCUUUGAAAUCAAGCCUUUGUUGGAAUUUAAAUGCCUUAUUACUGUGCUGAAACCACGGGUGCGUAAAAAAGUAUACAUAGUCUUAUUUAGUACAAUUGAGAUUUUAUAAAUAAGCCUUAUAUUCAGGUUAAGUACAAGAUUUUCUACACCUGGGAAUUUAUAAUACACAAAAACUGUCAAAUAUUAAGGUAACCUGAGUAUCAGGCCCUCGGUAUUGAAGAGAGCCUGACACAAUUCACCUCUACGGGCUUUCCACCCCCAGAAUAUCAGCCAAUUAAAAUUAUUUCCGGUUGUAGCAUAUUUCCGGUUGUCCGCUACAGGUAUGUAAAUACGCAAAUUUCGUUAUUUGCAGUUUUGUAUAUAAAAUUUGAAUAAAUACGGAGAAAAAUCGGUAUGUUUUUGUCGAAAUAUCCAUAUGAUGGAAUUCUAGGCGUAAACUAUGCCUCAUUCGCGGAACCAUAGCUCGAUGGCUUUUUCCAGGAGUCUAAAGAGACAACAUUCGGCGCUCUGAAUAUAUGUUAAUAGUUUAUUCGAGACAGCUAUUCGCUUCAACUGCGUCUGACACAUGUACAGCGGCUAUUGUCUUCAAUUUCUGCCUGAUGUUGGCAUAUUAGUUCAAGCGAGCUGACUACUAUAUCCUUGCAAAAAAAAAAUUUGCUUGAAAAAAAAAACAAAAAAAAAACAACAAAAAAACCCACAUUUGCUUGCAAAAGAUAACAUUUAGUAUAACCAACUAAACUUUGUAUAUAGUCUUUGAUAAUUGUUUAAACUUAUAUUUGUAACCUUAAUUAUUACUGCAUGCAUGUAACUGUAAAUAAUUUCUGAAAAACCCUUUUAGGGAGAAAUUUAUUAAAUAUCUAUCUUGCAGGUCUUGGAAAACAGCUCGGCAAUAAACUGAUAAAUAAGGCUUCAACUUUUGGAACUAAAUAUUUGAAAAUUUCCGACAUCCACAUAUUUUCGUUCUACGGCGACUAUUACGGCGAGAUAUUUAGACACGCUUUCUACUAUGACUAUGUAGUUUUAGUUUUAUACCGAGUAAAAUGUUGCUGCAAAAGCGUUUUCAACGUCUUUUCGUAUUCGCCUUGGCGGCUCGUGCAAUUUUGGCACAUUUUUCAAAUAUCACUCGUAGUGUUAAUCAUUAAUUGCACUCCUUCCCGUGUGAUUACCUAUACAAAUUAUACGCUCAAAGUACAAUCAUAUAUUAACUCAAAGUUCAUGCAUAAAAUUCGAUUCAAUUGUGUUUACGCACGCCGUGGUUUCAACAUUGUAACAGUGAAUUCUAAUUCCAACAAAGGGUUGAUUUCAAAGGGUAUACUUUUUUUGAGACACCCUGUACUGGGUGUAUAAAAAAAACGCAACCUCGGAAUUUCCCAAGAUUUUAGGUGCCUGGGAAUUUAAAAUAGCACAACUGUCAAAAUUACUGCACACGCGAGUGCAUAAAGCAAAAUUUAUGCAUUUAUUUAUUAAAUGACACUUAAUAAGUUUUUAUUUUACAAGUACAGUACAACAACAUUAAUAUGAUCUAUUAGCAAUUCGGUUUCAAUUCCCAGGGUUCUAAAAUCGUUUAUGUUUAAGAAUUGCAAAGUCGAUUUCCUAGGAAAUUCCGAGGUUGCGUUUUUUUAUACAGCCUGCAUAGGUACGGGAUUAGGGACUUGACAGGAUUGAACUGGCUUACUAACGGAAAACAGGGCCUGGCUGCUACCCUGAUUAACUACAGGUUGGCGCUAACCUCAACUCGGUCAUAUGUUGGGUGGAAAGCUUUUCCGGUGUCUGGCGAGUUUUAGUUGAUGGCGGAUGACAGUGGCGUAGCCAGCUCGAUAAGUGGGGGGGGGGGGAGAAUAUUCAUAUAUUUGUAAUUACAGACCGUAAAAACAAUCAAUUCCAAAAGAAAUUAAUAAAUAAAUGCAGAACACGAAUAUAUGAAUAUGUCCCCCCUCCCACUUAUCGAGCUGGCUACGCCACUGCCGCCGGAUGGACAGAGUGAAGGCUACAUGAUCUACCUGAUCCAGGAAAACCGGUAUUGAGCCACCCAGAAUAGCAUCAUCUAAUCUAGAAUUUUCUCCUUCAGAUCGAAAAGGUGACUGCUACUGGUUGUAACCAAGUAUCUGCCUGUCAAUUUCAUGAUCAUCUGUGUCAAAAUAACGGAAGCUAUGUUCCACUCACACCUACAGAUUAUACAACACCUCGUUACAAAUGCCAGUGUUUAACAGGUUAUACAGGACGCCUUUGUCAACAUGCAAUAAAAUCUUGUCGUGCUUACAGUAACGGUUCCCGAGUCCCUGGAAAUUACCAGGUGUUGGAUGAUAACAUGAAACCCUAUGAAGUGUUCUGCGAUUUUGAUUUAAAAUUCAGCAAGGUAUGGACACUCGUUAGUUCAUAUCAACUUCAAAAUAAGGAUAAUUUUGAUGAAGCCUAUUCUAAAGAUUGGCCUGUAAACGAAGACACGCCUCGCUGGGAUGAAUAUCGUCUUUCGAAACCCAGAAUGCAAUCUGUUCAAAACGAUUCCAGCAAAUUUCGUGUGACAUGCAAGUAUGAUACCGAUGGCCUAAACUACACUGAUUAUCUUGAAGCAAGAAAUGAACACAUUGAUGUCCUGAAUUUCGAAUAUAGCCACACGCGCAGUCCCGUCGUUUGCUCUUUAGUAAACUAUGUAAGUAUUCGAGGAGAUGAUUGCGCGUUCUGUACAAUGAUUUUAUUCCAAGUUCGAGACCAGUACACAUUUCACACGGACUCUGCUAGAAUAGGCACUGCCUGUGACUUUGAAUCAACUGGUGCAAAAAAGUGUGGAGGUCCCGGAGAAGAUAAUUUUGGUCACUAUGAUUGUGUCAAUCCAGCCCACCGUUGUUCAUCGUCUGCGGAUGCCACGACACAAUUAUGGUUUGGAACCGACUGGUUGUAA